GCAAUUGUUGCGUGUUCGCCGUUUUUGGCCGGGGAGACACCAAUUGUUCCUGUCACGUGGAUCGCUUGCAUCGGCACAGAGUGAUCAGACGGAGAGUGAUCAGAGUGCACCGGUAAAAGUGCAGGCCCUCUACGUUCGGCGAGCGAGCCCACCGUACCCCCGACGAUGCAAGAAUGGUUGAAAAUAUCGCUGCUGCUAUGCACGUUUGGGUUUCUGAAAGAAAUCCGGCCAAGCGAACCGUUCAUCGUUAACUAUCUCGAAGGACCAUGGCGCAAUUUCACGAUGAAUCAGAUCGUCCAGGAAGCGUUUCCAAUCGGAACGUAUUCGUAUCUGGCCCAACUGGGAGUCAUCUUUCUGGUGACCGAUUUACUACGCUACAAACCGAUCAUCGUCGUCAACGGUGUAGCGGGUAUCAUCGUGUGGAGCAUGCUCAUCUGGACAUCCACGCUGACCGGGCUGAAAGUGCUGGAAAUAUUCUACGGCACGUACUGCGCGGCCGAAGUCGCUUACUUUAGCUACAUCUACGCCAAGGUUGACCGGGAGCACUUCCAGAAGGUGACCUCGCACACACGGGCCGCCAUCUACUCGGGACGCUUUUUAGCCGCCACUCUCGCACAGCUACUCGUUUACUUCGAAGCAAUGGACUACCGGCAGCUCAACUACCUGUCCCUAGCGGCCCAAAUCAGUGCCACGCUGUGGGCACUGUUCCUGCCGGCGGUUAAAACUAGUAUGUACUUUCAUCGGCGACGUCCGCUCGCACCAACGGCCGUCGGCGGUAGUGAGAUGACGACAAACGAUCAACUAGCGGAGUGGCCCAAUGAAAAUUCUGCGGAAAAUGCUGACAAAAUCAGCACCGGUAGCCGUCGCCCGACGAUUGCCGACGAUCGUUCCGAUGAUAGUCGCACCGUUCGCUCCCGAACACGCCAGCUGCGCGGAGCGUUCGUCCUGCUAUGGGUCCACUUUCGGACGUCCUACACAAACCGUAGCGUGCUCCAGUGGAGCCUCUGGUACGCACUGGCCAUGGCCGGCUACAUACAGAUCAUUGCCUACGUGCAAGCCCUCUGGCAGUCUAUCGACGAGAGCCAGCCGGCGAUCUGGAACGGGGCGGUCGAGGCCGCCCUGACCCUCCUCGGUGCGAUCGUAUCGCUGCUAGCCGGCUAUCUGCACGGUGGGUUCCUGCAACCGCGCACCAGUCUGUUCGCGCUAGCGCUCGUAUCGGUGGGUGCCGGUGGUGCGAUGCUGCUGGCCACCGAAACCGCCGAUCUCAUCGUGUCCUAUGUCGCUUACAUGGUAUUCGGAGUGCUUUAUGCAUUCGCCAUCACCGUCGUCAGUGCGGAAAUUGCGAAAAACAUUGCGGAUGACUGUUUCGGGCUCGUGUUUGGAUUCAAUACACUCGUGGCGCUCUCGCUUCAAACACUUCUUACGUUCGCGGUGACCGACGCCGACGGAUGGUUUGCGCUGGAUGUGUUCGGACAGUUCACCGUCUUCAGCUACUAUUUCAUUGCACUCGGUUCCAUUUACGCCGCAUUCCUGAUCGCCGAGAUCGCCAUCGCCCUGGUGCGACGCUACAAGACGUAGCAAAACGUCGCCGGCGGAAGUUCGAAGAGAGAAUCCACUACCUUUACGCGGACAGAUGAAGACUAGUAGUACAAAACUUGCCGUAGGUAGGUCAUUAGGGCGAAAAGACUGCAUGCAAAUCGGUACUUAUGAACAAAGACCCUCAACCACGUAGAGAAUAAUGUCCGCAUCUCAAAGAAUGAUCAACUCGAAUUCGAAACAAAAAGGAUCGUGCAUGUUAUCAGUUUAAUAAGAGUGAGAUUUUAGGGGCAACACUUCCCUGGACUGUUGGAGUUCUUAGUAGCACUUUUGCAAUAGUAAGGUAAAUUAAGGCAAAUAAAGCAGAUGUUUUCAAAACGUUACCGUUGGAAUCAAA